CGCGCGCAGAGAUCCCUGCGGCGGCGCCGAUCUGCAGCAGACGACGCAGAUCGGGGUGCAAAAGGAAGGCAGCGCGACGGCGUUGCGCCGCCGGAUGCGAUGCGGCGCCAGCCACUCGAGGCUCGGCAGCAAGCAGCCACCUCGUCGUCGUCGGCCGGCGCUUCGGCACACGCAGGCGCUGCGGUAGCCGGAGCCCGACAAGCGCCGACGACGUCCGCGCUGGGCCGUGGCAGCGCCAUCAUGAUGCCAUCAUCUCGCGCCGCAUCAGGCGCCACGUCGGCGGCGGCUGUUUCUCGCCGAACACCCUGCGACAGCGGGCGCUGGCAGCAUCCAGCGCAGGCCCCUGCCGUGAGAUGCUGGCAGCCGGCGGCGAUGGCAUGCCAGGUGGCCGCUGUGGGUUCAUCGUCGAGCACGCGGCCGCAGCGCGAGCGCGCGCGAGUCAUCGCCGUCUGGCGCCUGCAUCUGAUUGUCCUUCGCCGCGAUUGCUACAUACACUUUGUGCGCUACGUCUCCUCCGCCAGUUGCAAUGCGAGACAGGCACAGCGUGCCGGCCGCACAGCCGCAGCAUGCAGCGAGCUCGAGCGGUGCACCUGCUGCCGCUGCACGCUGCGCUGCGGCUUGUGCUGUGCUGCGCUGCGCUGCGCUGCGAUGCGCUCCAUCGCGCGCCGCGUGCUGAGCUUCAAGCGAGGCCGCAGGGGCUGCGAGUGGGGCUGGUCCUUGUCCACGGCGCACCUCUCACUCAACGUGCCGCACGCAUCAGCAUCACCCACGUCGGCGCCUGCUCGCGAGUGGGGAGCGUGCACGCUCGCGCCGGCGCCGCAUGCCGGCGCCGGCCGUUGGGCGUGCUCCGUGACGUCGUGGGCAGGGCGACGUGCGCCACGGGGAGCCGCAGCCGCGUGCUGGGCGGCGCUGAUGGACGUCCCCUUCGCCUUGUUGUGGCUGCCGUCGCGUGUGCCGCCUGCCGCGAUGCCUCGCAGGCGCCGCGCGUGCUCCGCCGGAGUGGGGGUGUGCUCUGCCAAGGAGCGCACGCGGCGACCGGACGCCGGCUCGGCCGCUCAUACACAUCACGCAUCACACACGCCCAGCUGCCGCUUCGAGAUCUCGCUGUACCUGGACAAUAAAACUGCUCGGCGGCCAGCGCCGUGUAGAGUGGUUCGCACCGCAAAGCACGGUCCAGGCAGCUCUGCGCACCACCUCCUCUUGUUGUGAAGGGAGCUGUUGGGGCGCCUCGGUGACCGCAGCCGCUCGGGUCGCCCGCGGGGACCUCCUUGCACUCCUCUUUGUCGCGACGGCUGCGCGCGAUCUGCGAUUCUGUAGCGCGUAUGGCGUGCGUGACGGCGCGGGUGCCGGGAUGUCAGCGAGGCGCGGCGAGGGCGGC